ACAUACUUCUACUCUGGGCAAAGAGGUGAAGUUGGAGAGUGUUGGGACCAGGCAAAAGAUAAUAGCUCUAAAGAUUAGGCAACUGUAUAAUUCCUCGGCUUAUAAAUAAGAGUCAAUAAUCCAUUCUAUGGAAAUCACCUAAGAACACACGAAAAUCCAGCGAUACAGACACAAUGCCGGCCCCGUCACCUCUAGUCAUCGCGACCCAAUCAGUCCAGCGCCUCGUGAAGGAGGAUAGCUACUACCGCAAGGAACUAGCGCAGCAAACCGAGCGCGUGAAGAAGAUUGAGGCAGAGCUAAAAGCUUCGCCUGAUUCUGCUGAUGGAAAUGCAGCUUUCAUACUCAAGCAAGAGCAAAAAGCCGUAGAAGAAACCCGAGCCGUGUUCGUGCCUUUGCGCGAGCGUAUCGUGGAAGCUAUGCAGCGGCUUGAGGAGCGGAUAGCGACAGCUGAGAGUGAGGGUGCCGCCGCUGAUGAGAUUGCCAAGGCAAACGAGGCGAUGCAGCUCGGACGUGACCUGGAGCCUCCUGUUGCGUGAAGGGACGCGAGUUUUAGUUGACGAAUGAAAUUAUGCACAUAAGUAAGGCUCUUGCGAACCAAGACUGGACGCCCUUAUGCGUAUGGGGAGCAGUCAAGUUGUCGUUAGGCUAGGUUGUGGCACUCAAACAAGUCGACCUAGGCACAAGUUAAUAGACAUGGCGGCGUUGAGCUAGCAUGCAAGACACUCCCGGAAGAAAACUAGAAAUGGUAGAUGACUCCAUAGGUUCCUACGAAACGAAUAUAAAUGAUCACUCUCAAAAG